UGCAGGAGUCGUGGCAAACGACACGCAGAAUGGCACAAACCAGCAUUUCAAUGUCCAUUCCAGGCGCUACUGGAUAUUGUUCUAAUUGGAGACGCGUCGGCUUCAGAGACUUUGUUACAACUCUACAACUUCAUUUGUCUCGUGUGCACCCGUCCCCGAAGCGCUGAAGAAGGUUGUGCGGACUAUAGGAUGACACAAUCUGAUACCGCUUAGUGUUGUAUGCCUUACUAGUUUGAGUGUAAAUGCCGGGAGCCUGGACACUUGUGGCGCUGCUUGCAUCCUAGUCCGAAGGGGACUCAUCACAGGAAUCUUGGUCGCCAUGUCAGCAAUUGUCCGAACUUUAGCUAGGACAGGUGGCACAGGUCUACCGGCUUCCUCCUGCUGCACCUCCGCCCCCACCACCUGCCUAGCAGCCCUCCGCACCUCCCGCAUCCCCUCCCUCCACCUCCCCUCCUGCCAUUCGACCCCUCCGCGCGCACAUGCAGUCACUCCCGCAGCCUGCCUCCCAGCCUCCUGCCUGGCCGGCAGCAGCCACCGAGCCUCCUUAGUCGGUUUCCCCUCCUCUCCACCGGUGCUGCGACGCUACUCCCGCUGCUCCCAUGCUCGCUACUCGCGGCAUCCACCUCCGCUGCUGCGGCCCGCUGCCGGCAGCAGCAGCAGCAGCGGUCAGGUGGGGCAGCCCUCGCCCGCACCUGCAUCCGCCCGCAAGCCCCACCCUGGAUCCCACCCGCACCCGCACCCGCAGCCCCCGUAUCCACACAAAGCGGCGGUGAUGGCGGUGCCUGUUGAGGAGGAGGAGGAGGAGGAGGAGGCGGGCGAUGUGGGGUUGGAGGAGCUGGAGGAGGAGGCGGGGCAGAAGCUGGCCCCCUACAUGGACGCGGUGGUCAAGGUGUACUGCAUCCACACGGAGCCCAACUUCUCGCUGCCCUGGCAGCGCAAGCGGCAGUACAGCAGCUCCUCCUCGGGCUUCCUGGUGUCGCACGCCGGCAGCACGUGGCUGCUCACCAACGCACACUCAGUGGACUACCACACGCAGGUGAAGGUGAAGCGGCGCGGCGACGACCGCAAGUACCUGGCCCGCGUGCUGAGUGUGGGUGUGGACUGCGACAUCGCGGCGCUGCAGGUGGACGACCCGGACUUCUGGGCCGGCAUGGGGCUGCAGCCGCCGGGGGGGGCAGGGGGGGAGGGCGGGCAGCAGCAAGAGGAGCGAGCCGGGAUGAGAGCCGUGGCGCAGGAAGCAGGGCGCCAAGCAGCGAAUGGAAGCCGUGGCAGCAGCGGUCGAGGGAAACGCGGGCAGCGGCAGAAGCAGCAGCAGAAGCAGCAGGCGGGCCCGACGGGAGAGGCCGCCGGAUCUGCUGCUGCGCCUCCUGCCGGUGUGACUCCUGUGUUGGAGCUGGGUCCACUGCCGCGUCUGCAGGACGGAGUGGCGGUGGUGGGGUACCCGAUCGGGGGUGACACCAUAUCGGUGACGGCGGGGGUGGUGAGCCGCAUCGAGGUCACCGAGUACUCGCAUGGCUCUACGGAGCUGCUGGCCAUCCAGAUCGAUGCGGCCAUCAACGGCGGCAACAGCGGCGGACCCGUCUUCAACCGAGCGUGCCAGUGCGUGGGCAUCGCCUUCCAGGCCCUGUCCGGAAGCGACGUGGAAAACGUGGGCUACGUUAUCCCCACCCCCGUCGUCACGCACUUCCUGGACGACUACCUCCGCACCGGCACCUUCUCCGGCUUCCCCGCGCUCGGCAUCUCCUGGCAGCGCAUGGAAAGUGAGGCGCUGCGUCGCGCGUACGGCAUGGCUGCCGGACAGAAGGGCGUGCUGGUGCGGGCGGUGAACCCCACCGCAGCCAGCGCGGCCGUGCUGCGACCGGAUGACGUGUUGCUGUCGUUUGACGGCGUGCGGAUUAGCGGAGACGGCACCGUGCCCUUUCGGACGGGCGAGCGCAUCGGUUUCUCGCACCUGGUGACCAACAAGUUCGUGGGGGAUGAGGCGGUGGUGGAGGUGCUGCGAGGCGGGGAGCGACUGGAGCUGCGGGUCACCCUCUCCAAGCCCGCCGCCCUGGUCCCCGCGCACCUCUCCAACCGCGACCCGCCCUACCUGGUGGUGGGCGGCCUGGUGUUCACGCCCGCCUGCGAGCCCUACCUGCAGUCCGAGUACGGAGCCGAGUACGGCAGUGAGGCGCCUGUGAAGCUGCUUGACCGGCUGUACCACGGACUGCCCAGCAGGCCAGAGGAGGAGGUGGUGGUGCUGUCGCAGGUCCUGGCCUGCGACGCCACGCUGGGCUACGAGGAGGUGUUCAACGUGCAGCUGCUGGCCUUCAACGGCACCCGCGUCACCAACCUGGCGCACCUGGCGCACCUGGUGGGGGCGGCGCUGGCGGAGUGGCAGCAGCAGGAGGGGGGGCAGGCGGGGCAGGGUGGCAGCGACGGAGAUGGUACUGCUGCUGCUGCUGCUGCUAGUGGCAGCACCAGCGGCGGCUUCCUGCGGUUCGACCUGGACUACCAUGAGGUGCUGGUGCUGGAGGCGGAGGACGUGCUGCGGGUGACCCCGGAGGUGCUCCGAUCGCACUCCAUACCGUACGACAUGUCACCGGGCUUGAAGGAGGCGCUCCAGCGGCGGCAAGACAUGGAACAACUGCAGCAGCAGGAGGCAGGGAGGGGGGCGGUGGGUGCGGUAGCGCAACCCGGCGAGGGCGGUAGGGCGUAGUGUGUUCGGACGAGCGGGGUUAUGUUGUCGUGUUGCGGCGUGCUGUUAGCCAUGCCGAUAGUAGCAGUGGAGGGCGGGAGAAGGGGAGUGUGAGCGAGAGUGAGGAGCGGUUGCUAAGCGUGGGGAGGAAUGAGGAGCUGUGAUCGGAGUUUUAGCCGGACUCGUUUUGUAUGUUUCUAUUGGAAUUCUGCUUACGUUGCUUCUGAGGGGCACUUGAGGGGCAGCCGAACCUAUGCCUUGCUCUUAUGCGUGUUGGGUGAGGAGAAAAGGGAGAGCGUGGUGGUGAUGAGGGGAACGUGAGCGUACGGCUAACAUGUUUACACAAACCAAGAAGCC